UAUUGGUAGAGAAGCUAGCCGGAUAAAAACUGGUGCGCAUCAUGGACCAUACAUUCACAGAAUCGGCAGGUCUUUUCCUUACAGACAACAAAGUACUAAUUUCUUCAGUUGUUGGAACAGUUAUCGGAUUUCUUUUGAUGCGGGUUUUCGUGGCCGGUGGUGUGUGCGUCUCCAAGAAACGUCUGGAUGGCAAGACUGUCAUCAUUACCGGAUGUAACACUGGCAUCGGUCUGGAGACGGCCAAGGAAUUGUCUGCUAGAGGCGCCCGGGUGAUCAUGGCAUGUCGUGAUAUAGGACGGGCCUCUAAAGCAGCAGAUAUCGUCAAAACGUUCUCAGGAAACAGUGACGUCAGUGUAGAGCGUCUGGACCUCGCCUCUUUAGACUCUGUGAGGAAAUUUGCAGGUGUCAUCUUAAAGAAUGAGGAAAGAAUUGAUAUCCUCAUCAACAAUGCUGGUGUCAUGAUGUGUCCAAAAUGGAAUUCCGAGGAUGGAUACGAGAUGCAAUUCGCGACAAACCACCUUGGCCAUUUCUUGUUGACAAAUCUAUUAUUAGACCGCAUUAAAAACUCUGCUCCCUCAAGAAUAAUCAACGUUUCUUCAAGUGCACACUAUCAAGGAACAAUCGACUUCGAUGACAUCAAUCAUGAUAAGAACUACUCCUCUUUCUUUGUGUAUGCUCAGAGUAAACUGGCCAAUGUCCUCUUCACGAAGGAACUCGCCAGACGUCUACAAGAUACUGGAGUAACGACAAAUUCGCUUCACCCAGGAGUGAUUAACACAGAGUUGUCGAGACACAUUCAGGCCUGGAUGACGCCCCUAUUGUUUAGACUUCUCCAGCCGUUAACAGGUUUCAUGAAGACACCAUUACAGGGUGCCCAAACCACUCUUCACUGCGCUCUGGAUGAACGACUGGACAAUGUUUCCGGCAAUUACUUCAGUGACUGUACAGAAAAGAAGCCCUCAAAAGCAGCAUUGAACAUGGAGGCCGCAAAACGACUGUGGCAGGUCUCCGAGGAAAUGGUGGCUAAAGCUCGGAAAUAGUUCAAUCAAACAAAUUCUUAUAGUUAUACUGUUUACUGUCAUGAUGACUAAUGACAUUUUCUGUAAAGACACUUUAAAUUAACACAACUUUGGAUAACAGCCAUUUUCAUGUUAACCUCGUAUUAUGUAAUAUGUCUGUAUCUACGUGGUGAGUGAGUAACCACCAACCUGUAAUGUCAAACCCGGGGUCUCGGUACAUCGACUGUAGAAAUGAAUUCCCUUUUACUCUUGUGUUUUACUGAAUUCUGACGCUAUCAGUCCAUGACUAGUCCCUUUUACUCUUGUGUUUUACUGAAUUCUGACGCUAUCAGUCCAUGACUAGUCCCUUUUACUCUUGUGUUUUACUGAAUUCUGACGCUAUCGGUCCAUGACUGGAACUACUAAGUAAGAAAGGAGUUCGUGCUGGAAACUUUACAUAAGAACUUCAAUGGCUUAAGAAAAUAAUGUUGAUAGUAAUCCUUCAAACAAUUUAAAUGCUUAAAUAUCAUAUUAUUUUUAUUAUUAUUAUUAUAUUAAAGUAAGAAUUUGGUUAUUUAGAAAUCAUACGGUAUUCGGUGUUCCGCCGCAUUAUUAAAUCUUUCAUUCUUUAUUUACACGGCGUCUAGGUUUUUUUCAGAUAAGAAAAGGGAAGAAAGUGAGUAGAAUGGAUAAAGCUAUCAGUGAUAGUAGACAGUGAGUGGAUGGGAAUGUUAUAGAGAUGGAGUCGACUUCUCCGGUGUUCCUAUAACCUAAAACGACAUUUAAGGAGUCGACUCCGUGGCCAAACAUCGUCUGACCUCUGACCGCAGACUUCGUUACGAUUAGGAACUAUCCAAAACGUCUUAUGACUGUGGUUCUAUGGUUUCUACGUAUUGAAAUAUUAGCUGAUUAAUACGCCACCUUCCUCUGUAGCAGAAUCUGGGGACAUAUCGAGGUGGUCUUUUGUCAUUUCUUACAUAAUCUUUCUGUCAUUUCAUCGAUAGUGUUUUUCUAUAUCAUUGCGUUUGUCUCGAUCUUGUCUCCCUAAAUGAAUCUCGGUCCCCCGAAAUCCUAUAGGCUACCUUCUCCCUGUGACCUUUAUUGUUACCAGAAGGUCAAAUAAUUGAACAAAGUAAGAGAAAAAAAAUGUUGGAUAUCUAGAUAAGAUCAAAAACUGAAAUUUGAUUUCGGAGUAGAAUAAUCUCAUUUAUGAUCAAAAGGUUUUGAUUGUUAGAUACGGUUUGAUGAAAUUAUACAGAAAAUAGCUUCUAAAAUCUAACGAGAUAUCUCGUAUACAUAACUUUACAUAAUGUCUUUAUACAACCUUAUUUUCUUUUCUUUGUUUUAUGUAGAAUACAAUAAAUCUUUUGUAUUGUACAUGGGUACAUGUACACGGAGGGGAUCAGUGCCUUUAGUAGAAAAACUUUUGUAUAAAUAUGUUUUUAGUGAAUGAAACGUAAACAUUAUUGUUUUAUAAAUAUUGUGUAUUUUUAGUUUGUAUAAUCCUGGCGUGACAAUCCACACGAAAUGAAAUACUCUAUUCACUUUAUGUUUUGGAUUUACAUGUAUUUUACACUGUUUUAUACAUUUUCUAUACAAUGUAUUAUAAUUGUGUAAUGAUUGAAUAUAUUUGUGUGAAAGGUGUGCCACUUGGGACAUGAACAAUGUUAUUUUCUACAUUUGUUAUCUCGAGCGCUCGAGAUAGUAAGAACAGUGCUUGAGAUAAGAAGUCGAGUACUCGAUGUAAUAAGACGAACAUUCGAUAUAAUGAGUCGAGCGCUCGAGAUUAAAAAAAAGUAGAACAUAAUGGACAAAAUGCUUCAUCUUCUGUCAGGAUAAAAGGAUUCUUACCAAAUUUGGUCUGGAGCAUUAUUUGGUGAAAGUAUUCAAUUUUGUGUAAAACAAGAACUAGUUCCCAUGUGGGAAGAGAUGUUUUCCAAUGGGGAAAAUAUGGGUAAACCUGUAAAAUCCAUCUCCUUUAAUUAGGCUAAAGAAAUUGUGAUCAAACAACGUAAGAAAUACAGGUAUUUUGUUGUUUUUUUAUAUCAAAGGAAUGAAUAAUAUCCCACGACUCCUCGCACAAUAACAUAGGUUACCAUGUGUAUACGGUGUUUAUAACAUUUUCAAAUUGAUGUUUGUUAUUUAUAGUAACAAAUACAGACUAUGUCUAAAUUCUUAAGAAAAUAUCUUUGUCGUCUUUCUGAUUUGACUGAGAAAUUGUGAACUGUAAUGUAUAUGUUAUUCAGAUGACUUAUAUAACCAAAUUGCAGAAACACAAGUGUAAAGUAUAGAUUAAAUGUAAAGGCCGACAACAAUCACAAACUGUAAUAUAUCACUGCCAGAAUUUGAUUUUGAUUAUAAAAACCAGGAAGUCAAACCAUAAAACCUGAAAUCUCUUCUAAUCUGCUGCCUGCUGCGUGCAUUCAACAACCGAAGUAUGCCUACAGUAAUCAAUAUAGUGGUGCCCCCCCCCCCCCCCCCUUGUAUUUUUCUGACGUUCCUAUUCGACCUGUCGUCGAUGAACCAAAUGAAUAUAUACUACGAAACCUCAAUAUUAAGACGACCACCAUGGAGGAGACCGAACAAAACCUGUCUUGAUGGCGGGUGGCAGGGUGGUCUGACUUCCUUUAUGGUACUUUUUCAGUCAUUAAAUGAGUAUAUAGGUUUUGUAACAUAAAACAGGAAGUUUAUAUAGUCAGUUUGGUACCUACAUGUAAUUAACUAUUCUGAUACUUGUCAGAUGUACACGGUAACAAACACAUCAGGUCCUUCAGGGAGUUCUGUGAUUGGUCACUGUGAUGGUCUGAUAGGUGAAGUGAACUUCAUUUCAAAACUGGCUUAUAGGAGUUUUAAAACUUGAUUAUGAAAGGCGGUCUUAUAUAUAACAGCGGUGGUCUUAUUAAGGAAAUUAUGUUUAUAACAAAGUAAACAAGACUAAGACAUGUAUACAGGAUUUUUAAAAACUGAAAUAACGUAAUCGUCCACUUUUUUCUAUCACCCCAUAAUGUGAAACACAAUCGCGACGUCAUUUUGUAACGUCACGCUUGGUUGGCAAAAAAUGCUGCAAACUGUGAUUAAAUUAUCAGGUUUA